AUGGGACGGUCACGCUCUAGAUCCCCCAGGUGGAAACAUAGGUCUUUAUCACCAAUACCUAGAAAGUCUGAACACUGCAAGCAAAGAUGUUCUCAUGAGCAUUAUUGCUCCGACUAUAGGAAGGAUCAGAAAAGAUCCACUUGCAGAAUGAGACAUAAGAAACACGGACAGAGUAAACCAAGGAUUUCUUCUCGUGAAGAUGCACAUUACCGAUGUUAUGAACAUAGAUCACCUUCUCCAGACGUAAGAAGAAGCUCUUUAGACGAUUUUUAUUCUUAUAAGCUUUACCAAGCAUAUUCACCAAGAAGAAGAGACAGUAGCAGGAGAUCUCAGUAUAUGUCCAGAUACUCAGAAGAUGUACACUACCAAGAGUAUUGCUGGGGUUAUCCUGAGCAAAUGCAAGGAAGGUAUAUUCCUGAUGACCACAGAGUUAGAAGAAGUGGAAAAGGAGGGCAAUCACCUCUGAGGUCAAUAGCAGAUUCUUUUAGAUUUGAAGACGAGUUGAGUUACCAGAGGAUGCAAGAUGAAAAAUAUGGUCAGUCACUUAGAAGAGGCUCGGAAGAUUUUGAGAAACGGAGCUCUUUUCAGACAAGGUAUCUUGAAGAUCGCGAUUGCAGAAAAUAUAGACACACAUCAAAAAGAUCUACAGGCAAGAAGAGGUAUGAAAACAGAGACCCUUCUAGAAACUCACAUCGGAAGUCUAGGCAUUAUCUUUCACCUUACCGAGAUAAGAAAGGUCAGCGGCACCUUCGGCACCUUCGACACCGAGCUCAUCGAGCUCAUCGACAUGCUCGGAGGAAAUCCCCAGAGACCAGUUCAGCAACCAAGGUAUCCAGGGACUAUCGCCACAAACGUCGUAAGACCUCAGAUGAGGACCAGGACUUUUCUGAUGGAAGAACUGAGACAUACCCGAAGGAGGAAGAUAGGAAAUACAUUUCUCAAAUUGGCCUUGCAAAAAUAAAGUCCAGUUAUUUUAAUGCUAGAAGAGACAGAGAGACUGAAGAUGGGCAAGUCCAAGAAGCUGCUGAACCAUUUAAGAAAGACUGUACUCCCUCUACUGAUUCAGAUAAAAGCAAUGUUAUCUUGAGACCCUAUAAUGGCAAACGGAAGAAGAAAAGGAGCAAAGAAAGGGAUGGCAGAAGAGAGAGGAACUCUUCCAGUAACCAGUUUAAUGAAAGUAAACAUUCAUCUGCUAGUCUUAGGAAGAAAUCAAAAUCACUUAUAGUUAAAAUAGAUGUGAAGAAAACAGUAAAUACACCCAGCGUUCCUUUUAGCAUGACAGAGAGACAGAUAUCACGUGAUUUGGUUGCUGUUGGCAGUCAAAGUGAGAACUUGGAUCCAGUGUUUGAACAUCUUGACUCAACUCAGAAUACUGAAAACAAAUCUACAGGAGAAUUUGCUCAGGAAAUCAUAACUGUAAUUCAUGAAAUUAAAGCAAAUAAUUUUCCAUCAUCUGGCAUUACUCUACAUGAGCGUUUCUCAAAAAUACAAGAUACACAAGCUACAAAAGGUGCAAAUGAAACUAAACCGACUUUAGAUCCAGAAAUUUGCAGGAAAAUAGAUAUGUGUUUGGCUGAGCUUCGGAAUAAAAAUACGGUAUGUGGUUCAGAACAGACUCUGGUCAAAGUAAUAGAUCCAAAUGACCUACGACAUGACAUUGAAAGAAGGAGAAAAGAACGGUUACAGAAUGAAGAUGAGCACAGUUUUCACAUAGAUAGUGCUGCAGAGAGGAAUAAUCAGUUUUCCUGUUAUUCAUCUCAUGCUGAUAGCUUCCAAAACCCUCAAUGUGUUAUACAGUCGAAUUCUAGAAAGUUUAUUCAGACUCCUUACAUGGAUUAUACUAUGCAGAGAAAAAACAUUACUCACAACGCAUUUGAAGUUGACAGCAACCCUCAAAACAUAAGAAACUUUAGAUCUUCUAAGAACUACUUUAGAGGUGGCAGACUGCAGCCCCAUUGUAAAUCAGGCCUAGUAAAGAAGAGCUUGAACAUUCAGGCUAAAUAUCAGCGUUUACGGUAUGCUGGUUCAAAGGGAUUUUUCACUAAUAAAUUCAGAGAAAGAUUGCUGAGGAAGAAAAAGGUUUCAGCUAUCACCUCUGGUGAUGUCUUCAGCCCUAACUACUCUCCAGAGCCCCAGAUUUCUGCUGCCUCCCAGAUACCCUCACUUGGAUGUCCUGAAAAUGCCUCAAAUUCAGCAUGUCCAAAAUCAAACUUGUACUGA